GGUUCGCAGCUAAUUAAAUCUGGAAGUAUAUCUUUCCCGCAAGGAAAGAGAGGGGGAGGAGGAAAUACGGGCGGAGAGAGAGGCGAGGAAGGAAGAAACCGAAGAAAUCGAGGAAGGGGAUUGGGAUUGGCCCCUGCUGCGAUUGUGGUUGAUUCGCUCGCCCAUCCUCCCCCAACGCCGCCGCGUUCCUCCCCCCAAUCCCAAAUCCCUAACCCUGCGAAGGGAUCCCCCUGAAUCCGGCGUCCAGGCCAGUCCAACCUGUAGUCGUUAUCCGCCCCCGCCGGCUUGGCCGUCCCCAAUUCCGAUUGACCCCAUCGCACCCGCCGGAGGAGAGGGGAGGAGUCGGAUCGGGGAGCAUUGGGAUGGCAGCCGCCGCCGCAGCAGCAUAGGGAUGGAGCUGGAUUCCUCCGGCGGCUGCUUGGCUGCUCCAGCGGACGCUGUGAUCGUCGCGAUUGGAGGUGGUGGUGGGCGGGGUGCUGCGCGGCGGGCAGGAGAUCUCCCCGAGCGCCAGUGAGAGCUGAGGAGGAGCUGGUUGGUUAUGGAGGAGAGUGGCGGCAGGCAGGAGGACGCGGCUCCGCCGUGGGCGCCCAGCGAGGCCACGGCGUUCCGCCGUUUUGCGGCGGCCACCGCGUCUGGGCGGUCGCAGGAGGCGACCCCGUCGGCCUCGGGCAAUGGGGCUGCUUCCCGCGUCAGCAGCCUUCAUGGCGUCAGGCGGAAACCGUUUGUUGCAAGAUUAACAGCAGGCAUCAUUCAGACAUAUCAACAGUGUGAUCCUACAUUUAAGUACUCAGAUGAGAACAUCCCAAAACGCUUUCUCACCAGUCCUUCUAUCCCUGCCCACAACGAUGGACUUGACAAUGCAAAUUGGGACCUCAUAUUGUAUGUCAACCUAGAAUUGGUUAAUAAGAUGUCAAACCGAAGGUUUAUCGUCAAGGAAAUGCUUGGCCAGGGAACGUUUGGUCAAGUUGUCAAAUGCUGGGACACAGAAACUAAUGACUAUGUUGCUGUGAAGGUGAUAAAAAACCAGCCUGCAUUUUACCAUCAAGCUAUCAUGGAGGUUUCACUGUUAAGAACGUUAAACCAGAAAUUUGAUCCUGAUGAUAAGCAUAACAUUGUCCGUAUGCUCGAUUAUCUCUCAUUUCAAAAUCACCUGUGCAUAGCCUUCGAAAUGCUUGGGCAAAACCUGUAUGAACUACUGAAAAGGAACCACUUAAGAGGUCUGAAAGUGAAAUAUGUGCGGGCCUUCUCAAAACAGAUAUUGGAUGCCAUGGUUGUGAUGCGAGAUGCUGGCAUAAUUCAUUGUGAUCUAAAACCAGAAAAUAUUCUCUUGGCCCCCAGUGUCGCAACCGCUGCAGCAGUGAAAGUUAUUGAUUUUGGAUCAGCAUGCCUGGAGGGUAAAACGGUUUACUCAUAUAUCCAGAGCCGCUAUUACAGGUCUCCGGAGGUUCUCCUUGGCUAUCCAUAUACAACUGCGAUUGACAUGUGGUCUUUCGGUUGCAUAGUUGCUGAACUAUUUAUUGGUUUGCCACUAUUUCCUGGAGCGUCAGAAUAUGACGUGCUUCAGCGAAUGACUACGAUUCUUGGGGGGCAACCACCAGAUGACCUGCUAAGAGAAGCUAAAAACACUGGAAGAUUUUUUAAGCAUGUCGGUAGUAUUUUUCCUGGCAGUGAGGCACAUGAUGGUAUUUCUAGUGCAUACAGAUUUUUAAGUGAAGAAGAGGUUGAAGCUAGAGAAUCCAAGAGGCCAAAGGUAGGAAAGUGGUACUUCCCACGGCUAAAGCUUGACAGACUCAUUUAUACCUAUCCUUGGAACAAUUCAGAACUGACAGAGACAGAAAAAACAGAUCGUUUGGCAUUAGUUGAUUUCUUGAAGGGGCUUCUUGAAUUUGAUCCAAAUAAGCGAUGGUCACCGGUGCAGGCUCUAUUUCAUCCUUUCAUAACCGGCGAACCGUUCACCGGUCCAUAUGAGCCUGUACCUGAGACUGCAAGAAUUCCUGUUGCUCGUGCUGCAGCAAUUGAUCACAAUCCCGGAGGUGGCCACUGGCUACAUUCAGGUCUUUCCCCGCAGGUUGGAAGUGUGAACAGAUGCCUACCUCUGAAUAAUGCCUAUCCUCCAAAGAUGCCCUUUUCUUAUGGGAGUAGUUAUGGAAGCUUCGGUAGCCAUGGUAGCUAUACUGGUAAUGCUGGUUUUGCUAACAGCUAUGGAAGCAUUGGUGAUGUUAAUACUAGCAAUAUGUAUUACUCACCCUUAGGUUCUUCUGGAUUUACACAAAUUGGCUCUAGUCCAGAUAUUAGACUAAGACCCCGUCUCCCACAUGAUAGAGGUAUUAGAUUAAGCCCUGGUAGUCUAGGACCUAUGUCUCUGGGAGCCAGUCCAUCGCAGUUUACCCCACCAAACUACCAGAUGCAAAUCCCAGCUAAUUCUACUGGGAAGCAUGGUUCUGGUUCUCCUGCAAGUGGAAGCAUUCAUGGUUCUCCAUUGGGAAAAGCUGCUACGGCAGGCCCGUAUAACAUGAGGAGGAACGUGCCAAUGCCGCCACAUGAUUAUGUAUCUCAGCAUGGACAAGUGCGAUACGGAGAUGGUGUCAGUUUUAGUCAUCCUGAUGGUUAUGUUCGAGGACAUACAGGCCACUCUCAGAAUGCAGGACCCAGUUCUGGUCAUUCUAGUUGGAGACCACAAAUAAGUUCAAGAAGUGGUUUUUCCUUGGAUGCCUCGUCUAGUCACGGGCCUUCGCAGGCCCUCCAUUCGCAGGCUCCUUCCAACUCAUUUGACUUCUCACCAAAUACAUCAGCUUCAUCAGCACUUGAUCCUGCUGAUUGGGACCCUAAUUAUAGUGACGAGUCAUUAUUGCAAGAAGAUAGUUCAUUGUCAGCUGAUCUAAGUAGCAGUCUCCACCUUGAAGAUGCAACUCGUCAAGCGAGUGGAUCUAUUAGAUCAGCCAAUUUCCAAGGCCAUGUCUUUGCAACAUCUAACCCUGUACCAACAAACCAAAGAGGAGAUCAAUUAUUUCGUGCCUCCUAUCAAGGAGGGAGUUCUCAUUCCAGUGUUCCCGUCAACUAUGGCGGUUACAACCCUCCAAGUUAUCCUCAGCAAAGUCUCCGUCCUCGUCCUGGACAGCCAAUUCUUCAGCAGCGAUACAAUCAGCCAACUUCUGGUCCAAUGCGGCUGAUGGGGAGCCAUCACAGUGGGCAGCCUGUGUGGCCCAGUACUUACGGCAUGGGCGAAGGAGUGCCCUGGGGUGGAACAGGAGGGCACUCGUUUACAUCGAGCGGGCUGCCGCCAUCUCUUGCAAGAAAAGAUUAUGGGAGCAUCUUUUAGCGUGGAUCGGAGGAAUGGCAUUGAUUCAUUGCAGGCAUAAAUUAUUUGUACUUGCGAGAUUGGAGUUUCGAUGUUUCUAGCUGUUGGUUGUUUUCCCGAUGUUGUUGGAUUCCAUUCCUCCAUCUGAUCCUUUGCUAAGACAAGACUCCGUAUAUACAAUAUAUGAUCGAUGAUUAUAGCAUUCUUUGCGUGUUCUGA